AUGAGGUCCGAAGAUCGUAAGUUAUCGUCAUCGUCUAAUGCGUCAGUAAGGAAUCCAUUUCGACAGUUUCUCAGCAAAUGUCGAGUUGGGCUGCAUCGCAUUUCGAAAGAGGUCCUCGACAGCGACUCGGUGGAAGAAUGCGGAACGGUCAACGGGUUGUUUGACCAUGAAGAUAGAAAAAAGUCUCGAACGGAGGAACGACGGAGCGAGGAAAGAAACAGUAGUACCUCAGUGACUUUGAACCGCGAAAUGCCCCUCACAGACGAGGAAGACAAUGAAAUAGAGCGGGACUCUAACGAAGAUUGCUGCCCAAGUGGCAGCAGCGGCAGCGAUCCACAGACCUUCGCCACGUACGACGCCGUUGAAGAAUGUGUCAAGCUGCGAUCGAAACUUGGUGAGCCCUUCGUGCAAGCAGAACAAAUCUGGCAGAAACGUCGUGAGCUGUGGUGCAAGCCGACCGGUGAGGCCGAACAGCUCACGGCUGUUGAAAACCGAGAUCGCUUCGAAGAGAUCGCUCCACGCCAUUACGUACGGGUGUACCGGAAACUGGUGGUGGAAGGAGUGCCUCUCAAGCGAGCGAUCAAUUUGCAAGACGCCAUAAAGGUCAUAAACGCGGGCUGGGUAGAGACGCAAAAGUGGGACAGGGCUGCGAAGGGGCUAGCCUGA